AGCGGAGGGGGUAACCGGCGGUCCUUUCCGGUGUCUGGGCACAGUUGAAGAAACGACCAAGGAACUGAGAGUCGCUCUUGAGGAUGACGCGGCACGGCAAGAACUGCACCGCGGGGGCUGUCUACACCUACCACGAGAAGAAGAAGGACACAGCGGCCUCAGGCUAUGGGACCCAGAACAUUCGACUGAGCCGAGAUGCUGUGAAGGACUUCGACUGCUGUUGCCUCUCCCUGCAGCCCUGCCACGAUCCUGUUGUCACCCCAGAUGGCUACCUGUAUGAGCGUGAGGCCAUCCUGGAGUACAUUCUGCAUCAGAAGAAGGAGAUCGCCCGGCAGAUGAAGGCCUAUGAGAAGCAGCGUGGCGCCAGGCGGGAGGAGCAGAAGGAGCUUCAGCGGGCGGCCUCUCAGGAUCACGUGCGGGGCUUCCUGGAGAAGGAAUCGGCCAUCGUGAGCCGGCCCCUCAAUCCUUUCACAGCCAAGGCCCUCACGGCCACCAGCCCAGAUGAUGCCCAACCCGGGACCAGCGUGGGUCCCCCAAGUAAGGACAAGGACAGAGUGCUGCCCAGCUUCUGGAUCCCGUCGCUGACACCCGAAGCCAAGGCCACCAAGCUGGAGAAGCCGUCCCGCACGGUGACCUGCCCCAUGUCGGGGAAGCCCCUGCGCAUGUCGGACCUGACGCCUGUGCACUUCACGCCGCUCGACAGUUCGGUGGACCGCGUGGGGCUCAUCACACGCAGCGAGCGCUACGUGUGCGCCGUGACCCGCGACAGCCUGAGCAACGCCACCCCCUGCGCUGUGCUGCGGCCCUCUGGGGCUGUGGUCACCCUUGAAUGCGUGGAGAAGCUAAUUCGGAAGGACAUGGUGGACCCUGUGAGUGGAGACAAACUCACCGACCGCGACAUCAUCGUGCUGCAGCGGGGCGGUACAGGAUUCGCGGGCUCGGGAGUGAAGCUGCAAGCAGAGAAAUCGCGGCCGGUGAUGCAGGCCUGAGUGCGCACGGGAGACCAAAUAAACCAGCUUGGGUGCGCAGAAA